AACAACAUUAACAACAACAACAAAUUUUUUGAAUGCGCUGGUUGCAAAGAAAAAAUUAAAGACAGGUACAUGUUGAAAGCUCUGGAUCAGCAUUGGCAUGAGGACUGUCUGAAAUGUUCAUGUUGUCAGUGCAGGCUGGCCGAACUUGGCUCCACACUUUUCACUAAAGAAAAUCUCAUUCUCUGCAGGAGAGAUUAUUUGAAAUUAUUUGGUUCGACUGGUUAUUGUUCUGCCUGUCACAAAAACAUUCCAGCCUUUGAGAUGGUCAUGAGAGCCAGACAUAACGUCUUCCAUCUUGAAUGUUUCGCAUGUCAACAGUGCAGCCAUAGGUUUUGUGUCGGCGAUCGCUACUACCUUUGCGGCAACAAGAUUUUGUGCGAGUAUGAUUAUGAAGAAAGGAUGAUUUUUGCAAGGAUG